CUUCUAUAUACGGAAUAGCGAAAGUCAACGGGACAAGAUCGACACCAAAGACAACAGAAACUGAGGAGAGCUCGUUAUUGUUACCGCCACACUCACAGACAUCAUUUCUCUUUCAAUUUGAACUAUUAUACCAUACUGUAGUCGAGGUACGACAGUCGGCAUCAACAGCAGCAAGCUCGGGAUAGUAUAGCACAAUUGUUCAAUAUUUAUCACGAUUUGAAAUGUUACUCAAUCGUUUAGUGGAUAUUAUUUUACUACUUUGUUUUAUAAAAUCGAUCCUAGCGGUACCCAAAAAGUCGGUUCGACAAUUUGGAGGAUCAAACAUUAACAAUGGCUUCGGAUCGGAUAUACCAAACACAGGACUAGGACAGCGCUUUGGAUAUCCAGCACCAUUAGGCUGUCCAUUAUGUGACUCCUCUGUUUACAGCUAUUGCUCACACAAGAUGAUACAUGAUGCGUGCUGCUGUGAUUUCUCAGCAUCCCCGCAGCUACGUCCGCCUCAAUGUGCAUAUUAUGACUGCUCGCUCUUGUAUGCCAAAUCCUGCUAUGAACAUGCGCUUAUUAAAAACUGUUGCUGCAACAAUCCUUACUAAAAAUUAUCACUAACUAAUACUAAUUUAAGCUCUUGCCUCAAUUAUUAUUAUUACUAGCUAGCAUGACCCUCUUCAUCGUCCGAGUUGCACUUC